AUGCCCAUAAGCCAUAGAUGCUUAGUCCCCAUCAAAAUUGCAGACUAUGGAGAUGAAAUUCUAUGUGAUGUCCACCUUGUAGAUGUUGAACAUAUUAUUUUAGGAAGACCUUGGCUUUAUGACCUUGAUGUCUCACAUAAUGGUCGUGCCAACACCUAUACCUUUAGGUGUAAUAAGAAAAAGAUUGUCUUAGGUCCUCUUGAGCCUAAAAUUGAUAAAAAGGACAAGCAAGACAAGAAAAAUGCUGAUAUACAUCACAUGUUGCAAGAAUUUUCAGAAGGUGAUAUGGUUAUGAUCCGCAUUCGUCCCAAACAGAUUCAUUUAAGAAGUAAUGUGUUUAAUGUUGAAGAUCUAACCCCUUUUCUUAAAGCAUCAUCUUUUGUGGAGCCUUCCAAUUCUAACCUUGCGAGCUAUCCUACUCCAUUGCCCGCUCCUCAUGAGCAUGAAAACCCAAAGUUGUCUUUGCCUCCACCUUUACCCAUGCUAAAGAACGUUGAUGAGAUUGAAGAGAUCUUAGAUGAGAAGACAACAUUCACAUGA